UACUUUCUUCAGAUGAUGGGGUAGGGUUGUGUGGGGGUGGGAUCUGGGCUGGGUGUAGCAUUACAAGGCUCCGCCCCCUUUGCCAGCCUUGUGAGAUACUAAAACUUCAGGAUGAAUCUCCACAUUCAGCUUCAGUCUUGAGGCACACAGAGGUGGCUGUGCAAUGAAAGGAGCAAAAGCAGGCAUCUCCAAUGGCAACAACCGUGUCAAAGACAUGCUGCCGCUGUCAGAGGAGAAGAUGGAGGAGCGAGGCCAGUGGAGCAACAAGCUGGAGUUCAUCCUGUCAGUGGCCGGCUCCAUCAUCGGCCUGGGCAACAUGUGGCGCUUCCCUUACCUCUGCUACAAGAAUGGAGGCGGUGCAUUCCUCAUCCCAUACCUGAUCUUCCUGUUCACCUGUGGUGUUCCCGUCUUCUUCCUGGAGACAGCUCUGGGUCAGUUCACCAGUCAGGGAGGAAUCACCUGCUGGAGGAAAAUCAGUCCUCUGUUUGAAGGACUCGGCUACGGCACCCAGGUGAUUGUGACUCUCCUCAACUUCUACUACAUCGUUGUCCUGGCCUGGGGCAUUUUCUACCUCUACUUUUCCUUUUCCUGGGACCUGGCUUGGUCGUCCUGCAACAACACAUGGAACACAGAACACUGCGUUGAGUUCCAAAGGAGAAACUCAUCAAUCAAUCAAUCAGUCAUCCUGAACGCCACCUCUCCUGUCAUAGAGUUCUGGGAGAGACGAGCCCUGAGGAUCUCCCCGGGCAUCGACCAAAUGGGCUCUUUGAACUGGGACCUGUCCCUGUGUCUGCUCAUUGCCUGGGUCAUGUGCUACUUCUGCAUCUGGAAGGGGGUGAAAUCCACAGGAAAGGUGGUCUACUUCACUGCAACAUUCCCUUAUCUGAUGCUGGUAGUGCUGCUGGUCCGAGGACUCACCCUGCCUGGUGCUGGCAUUGGGAUUCAGUUCUACCUGUACCCUGAUCUGGGGCGACUGACCGAUCCUCAGGUGUGGAUGGAUGCUGGCACCCAGAUCUUCUUCUCCUACGCCAUCUGCUUGGGUUCUCUGACGGCUCUGGGCAGCUACAACAAAUACAACAACAACUGCUACAGUGACUGCCUGGCUCUAUGCUUUCUGAACAGCGGCACCAGUUUUGUGGCAGGCUUUGCAAUCUUUUCCAUCCUGGGUUUUAUGUCGUAUGAGCAGAAUGUUCCCAUCUCAGAGGUGGCAGAGUCAGGCCCGGGCCUGGCCUUCAUUGCCUACCCUCGAGCUGUGUCCAUGAUGCCCUUCUCCCCCUUGUGGGCUGCACUCUUCUUCAUCAUGAUUGUAUUUCUGGGGCUGGACAGCCAGUUUGUGUGUGUAGAGAGCCUUGUGACAGCGAUUGUGGACAUGUACCCUGCUGUGUUCCGACGCAAAAACCGCAGAGAGCUCUUCCUGUUGGCCGUGGUCCUCUUCUCCUUCCUCAUGGGCCUUAUCAUGCUGAUGGAGGGGGGGAUGUAUGUCUUCCAGCUCUUUGAUUACUAUGCUGCCAGUGGCAUGUGUCUUCUCUUCAUGUCCAUCUUUGAGACGGUCUGUGUUGCCUGGGUUUACGGUGCAGACCGCUUUUACGACAACAUCGAAGACAUGAUUGGCUACCGCCCUGGACCUUACAUCAAGUACUGUUGGUUGUUCUUCACCCCAGCCACAUGCAUCGGUACUUUUGCAUUUUCCCUCAUUAAAUACACUCCUCUUAAGUACAACAAUGAGUACGUGUACCCGUGGUGGGGUUACGCAAUUGGUUGGCUUCUCGCUCUCUCUUCUAUGAUCUGCAUCCCUUUGUGGAUGGCGUACAAGCUCAGCACCACCCAGGGAACACUCAGAGAGCGUGUUCAGUUGCUGAUUACACCAUCGAAUGAUUUACCCAAAACCAAGAGGGAGCAGGAGAAGCUACUGGUCAUCUUUGCUCCAGAGGGAGACCCAAACACCAAAGCCAUGAACGGCUACUUCCCCGUCUCAGAAAAAGACUCCAACCUAUAAAGUCGCUGUUGUCAUGGCAAUAGCAGGCUACAUGUUUGGCUGGUUUCCAUCUCUAACAUUACUGCAGGGUGCAAAAGAACAAGGACGUGUACCGUUAUCUACUAUAAAGCUAAAAUGACUCAACAACAUUAAGACUGUUAAAAGUGAUUACAUAUUAUUGUGCCAAUCAUUGAAUUAUUGAAAUGUUUUAGAGUAGAUGGAGGCAUUUAUCAGAGAAAGUAUUUCUUCCAAAUGUCAAAUCUUAUUUUAUCAGUUGGAGCUCAUGUGUGCUGUAUAUAGGAUACUUGUGUGUAACACAAAACAAUAACAGUAGGACAAAUAUACACUAAAUUAAAGUGGAAUACCACAAAUAAUAAUGUUUACAAGAUAUUAUUGUAUAGUAAAUGAUUAGUGUUGUUGUUUAUUUACAGAAUUGAAAGUUUUUUAAAAUUUUUGUUAAGGAUGCCUAUAAGAAAUACAAAAACAGUGUUAAACAUGAUACUACAGGAUUAUUGCAUAAUAAUAACAGGGUUUAAAAACUGUUUUGUUUUUACAUGACUGUACAAAGAAAUUUCUUUCCUGUAAGUAUGGUUUUAAAAUAAAUAGAUUUUCUCUGUU